AACACCUCCGGGUAAUCAAUUAGAGCUGGAGGAUCUUAAUAGCAAAGGCAAAGCUGUCACAGUUGCACGUGAACGGCUGCUCCCUUUGUCUGAUGCAAAAGAAGAAUUUCAGAGCAGAAAAAAAGUCACCUUUGAAUGACACCAGGUCUGGAGGGAAAUUGAGGCGCAGGACGCACGCGCACCACUUACUGGAGGUUACAGCGGGAGUCACGACGCUGUUUUUCUAGAGCAGGAGGUUCAUGGCAUAUUUUCCAGCCAGGUGAGAGGAGGGCAAAAGAAGCGGUACGGUCAAGGGGACCCAGCGGGGAGGGGUAGCGGGAGAGCAGUGCAAAGCCAAGUGAAGGGCCUGGCAUGCAACGAGCUCGGCAGGUCUCCGUUCAACCCCCUGUGCAGCCCUUCCCAUCCCACACAGCCGGGGCUGGACUGGGCCAGGCGGAGGCGGCUGCCUCGGGCGCUGGCCUCCUCCACCCAGGCCUGCCCAGGCUGCAAGGCUUGCUCCGCCCCCCGCGCCCGAGUGCAUCCGGAAGCUGCCGAGCGCCGGCUGCGCCGCCCGGAGCCGCCUGAGCCAGAGGGGGCGGAAACACCCGAGAAGCCCCGAAGCGGGCGCGACGCCGGAAAGGCCCGAGCGUCUCUGAAGCUACUCGGGAGCGAGUCCGGCCGGACCUCGCGCGGCGGCUUCCGCGAGCGGCCGCCUCGGACAUGGCGUCGUUCAUAGCUCAUCCUUCAGUACGUAUCAAAGGGACGGAACACAACUACAAUCCAGUCCUGUGCCAAGAUGACCAGUGUGCUGCCAGUGUCAAAGGGAGGCACACGCACUGCCCAUUCUGCAGCAUUUCUGAGGCUUAUCAGGAUCCGUUCAUUCUCCGGGCUCACUACCGGGUCAAACACGUGGACAAGGGCCUCGACUUUGCAGGGUUGAAGAUCCUGCGCUGCUGCAACCAUUGCGAGAUCGUAGGCACGAUCAAAGGGGAGAAGAAGUUCAAAGGGGCACACUGGCACUGCUAUCGCUGUCGCAAUGGCUUCAAUCGGCGAGAUGAGGCAGUGAAGCACUACAAGACCCACUUCCGGAACCCCCACACCACCUUCCAGAUCCAGAUUGCACAGGACGUCAACAGCCGCCAGUAUUAUGAGCGCAGUGCCGAAGCCAAUCAUAAGGCCUAUGGUGGCCUCAGUGUCUCCACCGGAGCCAAUGUUGAUGUGAUGUCCAUAGGUGCAUUGCUGGCCCAAAAUGUCCUUGCAUCAAGAUCGCCUGCUGCUGCCUCUGAUAAGGGGACAGAGAGCCUGCUGGGAAGCCCUGCCAAGGACAGUAGUUUCAACAGUGGGAUGGCACUAGGAGCAGAGGAGACUGUCGGGCUCAGCACGUCCUCCUCAUCCAUACCUGCCCACCAGACACUAGUGUUGAUGGACCCUGAUGGAGACGGUAGCAGUAUUAUCUUUGAAGAUGGACCCAAUUCCGUGUCUAGGCAGUCUGGUGAGAGUCUGGAUCAGAACCUGCUAGAGAAACAACUCAUUGAACUGCACCAGCAGAACCAGCAGCUGCUGGAGGAGAAGAAGGAGAUGGAAUGCAGGCUCCGGGCAGAAAUCCUGCAGCUGAAGGAACAUAUCGCCAGCAUCAUCCAAGCUAACAUCCGUAUGGCAGAGGAGCUGAAACGGUACCAGGCCUCGGAUGACUUGGAAAAGAAAGUCAGCAAAAUGGUUGAGCAGAUGGAGUGGCAGCACCGGGAGCUGCUGCAGAUGCAUGUAGCAGCCCUGAGGAAGGAGUUUGUGCAAAGAAACAGUCGGCCGAUGAAUGGCAAGUCCAGCCCUCCUGCCAGUGCUGCCUUGGAAUCUAAGGAACAUGCCAUGACCUCCAGUGCCCACAGUCUGCUGGCCAAUGCUGCCCUUUCCUCCCCAAACAGCACCUUGUCCAGCGGCCUGGCAGCUCCCCAGGACACAUUGGCACCCACACAGUUAGACAUCAGUGCUGGGGAUGUCCUGUCCUUCAUUGACCCGCCAGAGAGCUUACCCAACUCUGGAGACAGCCAGCUGGAUAGGCUGGAGACGGUUGAGGUGCACCUGGACACAGAACACCCAAUAUCAAGCCUGGAAGCUGGCUCCCCACCAGCUCAUGUCCACCUCCUCCCUGUGAGCGAAAUGAAUGAGCCAGUGGGUCUUCUGCCUUCAGCAAGAGGAGAGAAGAGGCUAGCACAGCACACGCUGGCAAGGGAAAGCAAAGCCAAAGUGCAGCGGACAGUGUGAUCCCAAAAAGAAACCUAUAUGCUCAAGCCCCAACAAACCCUUCUCUUCUUAACCCAACAGCCAAAAUGGAUCUGCCAGUUCCUACUUUUGUACUUAGUGCUUCAGAUUUAUAGUUAUCAAUGGUGCUGUUGGUUAUUAAA